UGAUCGCCAACGGUUACGCGCUCGGUGGCGCAGCGAGACAACUCCUCAUCUCAUCAUCACGAGGGUAACUACAAGUAGGUACCUACAUACAAGUGUCUUACUGCAUAGAGUAUCACUUUGCUUAUAACCAGGUGCAUCCUGCUUUCUUUUGAAUAUCCAGUCAUUCUCAAGCUACAAAUUGUCAAAGACCAUCCAACAACCACUGGCUCCACUCAUCUGGACCCUUUGUUUACUUCCCCUGAAUCGCCCUUGAAGCCAUCACCAAGUCACAGCAUCACGAUGCCACCAACACUCAUCCUAGUCCGCCACGCUCAGGCCCUCCACAACGUAGAUAAAGAUUAUUCCAUCCCCGAUCCCCCUCUCUCGGAACUCGGCCACACACAAUGCCGCUCACUCCGCAAGCACUUCUUCAAGACUGAGGUACCCGAUAAAUACCAGGUCAGCCUCAUGAUCGUCUCCCCCAUGCGCCGUACCAUUGAGACGGCCCUCCUUUUCUUCGGCAACUACGCCAAGGAAAACAACAUCCCUAUCAUCGCCCACGCGGGUUGGCAAGAGAACAGCGACAAGCCCUGCGACACCGGAUCUUGCAUCGAGGAGCUCUCCAAAGAGUUCCCAGAGGUAGACUUUUCACGAGUCGAUGAAGUGUGGCCCGACAAGAGCCGCAAGUCAGAGAAGGCCAAGAAGUACUGGUACACUAAGGAGUCAAUCAUGCAAAGAGGAGAGGACGUGCUGAAGGAGAUCGAAGCAAAGGUGUGGCCGGAGAUGGAGGAUGGCAAGGCUGUUAUCGCAGUCAGUCAUUCCGGGUUCUUGAGGUCGGGAGUGACGGGGUGGUGGUUCAAUAAUGGCGAUUAUCGCAUCUUUGAGAUUGAGGAGAGGGAGGUGAAGGAGGGGCGGCCGACGUUGAAGCAGGUCACGGGUAUGAAAGGCGGCAUGGGAGAGAGUUUUGAGACACCACCAGGGCUUGGCGGGGAUUUGCCUGAGGCUGCGGUUGGAGGGUUGAAUGUUGGUUUGCCGUGAGCCGAAUCACUUUGAACCAAGGAAGGUGGAAGUGAUUAACGUGCAAGUGGGAAGGGGCGAUGGAAGAACUUUCAUUGAAAUUUGAGUGCGGUUGCCUUGCAAAGUUCCUUCCAUUGUGCAACUUGGACGUGCCGAUGAUCCUUUCCUUUCCUUUCUUCUUUUCACGUAUCAAUAAUCGCCAACUCCAGUCUCCUGUCCACCCGUGACACCCUGUUGACAUUCCCAAACCCCAUCAUUGCCCAUUCUCCGUAUUUGGCGUUGUGUAUUGCCUCCAGGUCGUUACCCCGCAUUCGCCCUGCCCAUCGCUCACGGACUCACG